AUGCAUGGAAGUGCAACAACGCAGCACUUUGAAGACAUGCUCAUCGAACUCUGUUCACCUGUUGUGUGCCCUUCUUUACGAACGUUUGGAACGGUCAUCUCCAUUAUCGGAUUCGUUGGAGCACCACUAACUGGUGGACUGAGUCUGGCCGCGACGGUUGGUGGCAUGGCUGCGGGAUUGACGGGUGGGGCCACGGCAGGCAUUGCUGAAGGUGUGCAGCACUUUAAAAAACAGUAA